AAGCAUGUUAAACUUGCACUUUAGUUUCUACUUGCAAUAGAUUAUUUUCAAAACAGGGGAAAAAGAGGAAGAUCUGAUUAAAGUAGUAAUAAUUGAGGAAAGAUCUCUCUGUCUUCUGGAAACACGCAUACAUUUUUUCCCUUACUUCUGUCAACCACAACACAGCCCAUGUCAAUAUCUACUGCACCAUUUUUCACUCUUCUCUUCUGUAUAUAAAAACAACCUCAUCACCUCAAAAUAUUCAUUCAUACAUAAACUUCACUAUAAAUAUCAAGUAGCUCAGUUUCACAAGCAUUUGAAAUAUCAAGCAUGGCCACUGGGGGUGCUCAGGAUGUGUAUGGGGAGGAUUGUGCAAGUGAGGAUCAGCUUGUCACUCCAUGGACCAUCUCUGUUGCAAGUGGGUAUACUUUGCUGAGAGAUCCACACCAUAACAAGGGAUUGGCUUUUACGGAGAAAGAGAGAGAUUCUCAUUACUUACGUGGUCUUCUGCCUCCUGCAAUUAUCAGCCAACAACAACAGGAGAAGAAGUUGAUGCAGAAUCUGCGCAGUUAUGAUGUUCCACUACAUCGAUAUAUGGCUAUGAUGGAACUACAGGAAAGGAAUGAGAGGCUAUUUUACAAGCUUCUCAUUGAUAAUGUGGAAGAACUUCUCCCUGUUGUCUACACUCCAACUGUUGGCGAGGCUUGCCAAAAAUAUGGGAGCAUCUUUAGACGUCCCCAAGGACUCUACAUUAGUUUAAAAGAGAAGGGAAAGAUUCUCGAAGUACUGAAAAACUGGCCAGAGAAGAAUAUCCAAGUCAUUGUUGUUACUGAUGGUGAGAGGAUUUUGGGACUCGGGGACCUUGGCUGCCAGGGAAUGGGAAUACCUGUGGGCAAACUUGCCUUGUACACUGCCCUUGGAGGAGUCAGACCUUCAGCAUGCUUGCCUAUAACUAUUGACGUGGGUACAAACAAUCAAUCGUUGCUGGACAACGAAUUCUACAUCGGGCUCAAACAAAGAAGAGCAACAGGGAAGGAGUAUGCUGACCUUCUGGAAGAAUUCAUGACAGCAGUUAAGCAAAACUAUGGUGAAAAAGUUCUUGUCCAGUUCGAAGAUUUCGCAAACCACAAUGCUUUUGAACUAUUGUCAAGAUAUAGUACUACCCAUUUGGUCUUCAAUGAUGAUAUUCAGGGCACAGCCUCUGUGGUUCUAUCUGGAAUCGUCUCAUCACUGAAGUUAAUUGGCGGGACAUUGGCUGAUCACACAUUUCUAUUCCUUGGCGCUGGAGAAGCCGGAACUGGUAUAGCCGAACUUAUAGCACUUGAGAUGUCUAAGCAGACAAAAAUUCCUUUAGAAGAGACACGUAAGAAGAUCUGGCUUGUGGACUCGAAGGGAUUAAUAGUUAGCCAUCGCAAAGAAUCCCUUCAACAUUUCAAGAAACCUUGGGCUCAUGAACAUGAACCUUGUACGACUCUAAUUGAUGCUGUCAAGGCUAUCAAGCCAACAGUUUUGAUUGGAACAUCAGGGCAGGGGAAGACAUUCACUAAAGAAGUCGUCGAGGCUAUGGCUUCCUUCAAUAAGAAACCUCUUAUUAUGGCUCUCUCAAACCCAACCUCUCAAGCCGAGUGCACUGCUGAAGAAGCUUAUACCUGGUCUGAGGGCCGUGCAGUAUUUGCUAGUGGAAGUCCAUUUGACCCUGUGAAGUACAAUGACAAACUUUACAUUCCUGGCCAGGCAAAUAACGCAUAUAUCUUUCCUGGACUUGGACUUGGCUUGGUCAUGUCUGGUGCAAUUCGAAUGCACGACGAAAUGCUUCUUGCAGCUUCUGAAGCUUUGGCCUGUCAAGUAACACAGGAACACUAUGACAAGGGAAUGACAUUCCCCCCAUUUUCUAACAUCAGAACAAUAUCUGCCAACAUUGCAGCUAAAGUGGCAGCUAAAGUUUAUGAUCUCGGUUUAGCAACACGCCUUCCUCGACCUGAUGAUCUGGUGAAGUUUGCUGAAGGUUGCAUGUAUAGUCCCAAUUAUCGCAUCUACCGGUGAACUGUCAAAUAAUUAAGGCUCUCACUUGUAAUAAACUUCCUCCAUCAUCAUGUUGUUUGGUUUUCUUCAAUGUUUUCGGAGUUCCUUUUCUGUAACCUCUUUCAAGUUUGUUUUGGUUUCGGAUUCUGAAUUCGGAACUUCUAAAUAAUGAGGAAGUUAAUGUCAAUUGCAAUAUUUAUCUUAA